CUGAACAGAUUUACCGCGAGACAAACUAGCUUCCCGCUGGCUUUAACGGGACGAAAAGAUGCUCCUUUACGGGAUGAAAACAAUAAAACGAACACCAAGAAGUCCGGGCAAACUUUCUUCAAGUGUGCCCAAACUUUGAUAAGACUUCCAGCCUGAACCACUUCCCUCCCAGCUCCGAGAGUGUGUUAGCAUUGUUUUAUCUUUCUCAUCCUCUGAUUACAUUUCUCUACCAGUGGACACGCUCGUUUAGCCUUUUCUCAAUUAUUUUUGGAAAAGUCCAGUCUGAUGAAUUCACCGAAAAAAGACGGAGACGAUGAUGUGCCCGUUAAAGAGCCGAUAAAAUACGGAGAAUUGGUCAUUUUAGGGUACAAUGGCUCCCUGCCAAGUGGAGAUCGUGGACGCAGAAAGAGCCGCUUUGCUCUUUACCGACGGGCCAAGGCCAACGGGGUCAAACCCAGCGCUGUGCACAUCCUCAACACACCACAGGACAGCAAGGCUGUCCACAGCAGAGGGCAGCACAGCAUCUCUUUCACUCUGUCCCGUAACCAAACAGUGGUGGUGGAGUACUGCCACGACAACAACACGGACAUGUUCCAGAUCGGGCGCUCCACCGAAGGUCCCAUUGACUUUGUGGUCACAGACACCUCUGGUGGGGGAAAGGAAUGCGAGGACCCCUCCAUCGCUCCCAGCACCAUUUCUCGUUUUGCCUGCAGAGUGGUGUGCGAGCGCAACCCUCCCUACACCGCACGCAUUUAUGCCGCAGGCUUCGACUCAUCCAAAAACAUCUUUUUAGGGGAGAAAGCAACCAAAUGGAAAAAUCCAGAUGGUCAUAUGGAUGGUCUCACUACCAAUGGGGUCCUAGUGAUGCACCCUGAGGGUUUCCCGGAGGACCCAAAGCAGGGUCUGUGGAGGGAGAUCUCUGUGUGUGGAGAUGUUUAUGCUCUACGGGAAACGCGCUCCGGUCCAAGCCGGGGCAAACUGGCAGAGGGUGAGAGCAGCGCGCUGCGUGAUGGCUCCCUGGUGGAUCUCUGUGGUGCCACCCUGUUGUGGCGGACAGGAGAGGGACUCAUGCGUGCUCCCACUCUGCGCCACCUGGAGGCUCUUCGUCAGGAGCUUAAUGCGUCUCGACCUCAGUGUCCUGUAGGCCUCAGCACGCUGGCCUUCCCCAGUCUGCCACGUAGCCACAGCCUUGAAGAGCGUCAGCCCUGGGUUUACCUCGCCUGCGGCCACGUCCACGGACGUCACGACUGGGGCCAGAGAUCGGAAGGAGAGGUUGGGCCAAGAGAAGGCGAAGGAUCCGCAGCCCGUCGAGAAUGCCCGCUGUGCAGAAGCGUGGGGCCCUACGUGCCCCUGUGGCUGGGCUCUGAGCCCGCCGUGUACGUCGACGCAGGAGCGCCCACACACGCCUUCGUUCCCUGCGGUCACGUCUGCUCAGAGAGGACAGUCAGGUACUGGGCAGAGACUCCCCUGCCCCACGGGACUCAUGCAUUCAGACCCGUUUGCCCCUUCUGCUCUGCUGCCCUCAGCAGCCCCGGCUGGACACGACUCAUCUUCCAGGGCCCCAUCGACUAACCGCUACGCCUCAGCAAACACUACCACAAUAACAGGAAGCUGCCUGCGCUGCAUUCGGGUAGCAAAUGUUGAUGAGUAACAAAAGGUAAUUACUGUAGAGUGCUGUAAUCAAAGCACGCAUGUUUUACACUCGUUUGAGUGUACAGCUACACUCGUCAGUGUUUUGUUCUUGAAUGUAGCUCAGUGUUGAAGAAUUUGCCUCCUUGUUUAUCCUUCACUGUUUCGAGAUCAGGAGGACCGAUGAAAGUAACACAGCAGAAUAAUUAGUUUCUAGCGUAAAAGUGAUGCAUCAUUCUCUCUCAUGCAAUAGUGUUUUUUUUUUAUUCACGCCAAACACAAAGCAAGUUGAUUUUUAAUGAAUACUUUUAAAAUGAGCUUAAAGGAUGCUGAUUUAACCUUUUCAAACAUCACUGUGUCAAAUGACACAUCCUGAAUUCCUGUUAAUUUACAAUUCACCAGGUCUAAGCAUAUUUUUAUCCUAAUCAGAUGACGGUUUUAAUACGAUAAGUAGCUUUUUUUGCACACACAAAAUGAAUGGCCUUGACUGUCAUGUUGUCAGCAUUAACUUGCAAAUCUUGUUCUAAGUAAUUUCACCUACACUUAUAUGGCUGACAUUUCCACUUUCCAUCAUUUAAAUCAUGUUCUUUUACAGUUUCUUUAAACUUAUGCAUCCUUAGUUCCGUAUUUUAACUCGUUGACACUAAAAUGGGGAUAGAAGGUACUGACGAAUGUCUURCUUUGAUAGAACAAGUCAAAUUCUCAGUGAGCCAUGAAGAAUUGGUUAAAUAUUGAAAAAGAAAAAUCUAUAUAUUUUGUGUAAAUUAAUUUAAGAAAUCUCGUUUUCACUAUAUUUUUUAAUGUGAAAUCUAUGCACAGCUACGCCCCUGAUUCAUCCCUAUUCAUCAGAGUGAGACACAGUAGAUUUUUCCCUUGUUAUGAAGCAAAAUGAGGAUAAACAAAGGCAGGAAUGAAACCGGGUAAACUUCACUUCACAACUCUCUAUAGCAAUAAAAGCACUUGUAUAGAUAAGCUAGAUGUUGUGCUAUGUUUAGCCAGGUGUUGGGUAGCCGUUCCGUGAAACAGGUGAAAAGGUUUCCAGGUUAAAAGCUCAACCAGAGGUGUGCUCAGCUCCAUGACUUUCUGAUCAAAGUUUAUGUCAUGUAACCAAAGCACUAGAAUUAAAUGAAGAGCAGCCAAAUAUGGGACUUUUUAGUCAUUUUAGUUGUUCUCAAUGAGCUUAAAGAAAGCUUGAACAGACUUCUGGUUACUGAAUUACACUAAACAGGGUCCAUGUUAAUGUGAUGGAGUGUCAGAAGGGUUUGAUCAUGUAUAACCUCAAAAGUAAUUUUGUUCUGUUUUUAAAGAAAACUAUUUUGUUAAAAAUAUAUAUAGCUAUGGGGUUUAUUUUGGGAAGUAUUUCUUUUAGACGUUUACCUUAAAAAAACAUCAAAAACUAUUUUUCUAACAUUUGGUUUAAUUAACUAUUCCUACUCAGUCUGUUUGUGCCCAGUUGUAAUUGUGUGAUAGUUUAGGAGAGCCCGUGAGUGAAAAAACAUCACUAACACUGUGUCCACUUACAUACCGCUACAGUAAAACACCACCCAGACAGUGAAUGUAGCAAAAAAAAAAAAAAAACUAAACUUGGGCUUUGUUUAGCCUUUCGCUGGUGCUCAUAAUGAAUGGUCUAUAUUGUGAUACUAUUUUUGUAACUGAAUAUUAUGGUGUAGCUUGGUGAACUAGUUUGAAAAAUGUGGUCUUUUUGAAUCAUAACCUCAAGUAUGAGAGAUGAAACAUAAUGAAUAACUCACACUCAACGUGGAUAACUGUCUAGCUUGCAUGUGCUGAAUGUUCAGGAUGUAUAACGACACUUUUUCAAAAAACUUGCUCGGUGGUUUGCAAAUUUAUUUAUUCUGAGACAGUAUUCGCAGAUCAAGUUGUCUUCCUAGUCCUCAGUUGUUCAGAUCACAGCAAUAUUAUUUUGGCGGGAAAAAAUGGAGU